AUGCAGUUUGGUGACCAGGAGAAGUCUCCAUUGGCUCCAGGAACAUUGAUCAGAUUUGUGAGCAUUCGGGAAAUGCAUUUACCACUGAGGAGAAGGCUUCAGAGGAACCGGGUUCUUUUCCUAUUGGCCAUGGUGUUGGCUUUUUCCAUCUAUCAGUUUCUCUGUGGCCCUAAAAUUCGUUCAGCACCUUGGACAGCAUCUCAGCCUGAGGAUCAAGUGAAAGUGACCACCAGGGACCUUUCCAGCAACAAAGCCACUGCCGCGGACAAUGGAACAACAGCAUCCAAGAUAAGGCAUUGUGUAUAUGUGGACCCUACGCCAACCAUGCCCAUCACAUCAUCUGUGAAUGCAACCCCACCCCUAGGAAGUGUCAAUCUGACCCACCUGGAUGAAGAGGGAAGUUACCCAACACCCCCCUCCCAUGGAGAAUACCCUGAAGACCUUUUUAGCUUGGAGGAGCGCAGGAAAGGGUGGGUCAUACUUCACAUCUUUGGCAUGAUGUAUGUGUUUGUGGCCUUGGCCAUAGUGUGUGAUGAAUAUUUUGUCCCCGCCUUGGAUGUAAUCACGGAGAAGUUGCAGAUCUCCGAUGAUGUGGCAGGGGCCACCUUCAUGGCAGCAGGCGGAUCAGCACCAGAACUCUUCACCUCUCUCAUAGGUGUCUUCAUCUCACACAGCAACGUGGGCAUUGGCACCAUUGUAGGCUCGGCGGUGUUUAAUAUUCUUUUUGUCAUUGGCACCUGUGCCCUUUUCUCGAGGGAGAUACUCCACCUGACCUGGUGGCCCUUGUUUAGAGACGUCUCGUUCUACAUUCUAGACUUACUGAUGCUCAUCCUGUUUUUCUUAGACAGCUUCAUUGUUUGGUGGGAAAGCAUCCUUUUGUUGAGUGCCUACAUCCUCUAUGUGCUCACCAUGAAAUGGAACGUUCACUUAGAACAAUGGGUGAAGGAACAGGUGAACAAGACAAGAAAUACCGUGAAGGCAGCCGCUUCUGAAGACACAAAGAAGCAAGGCAAUGGGUCAGUUGCAAGGGAUGGAGCAAAGCACUCAGACGACAGCAAGAGACUGGAGCUCAUGCCAUCCUUACAGCGAGGAGGCAGCUCGGCCUCUCUGCACAACAGCCACAUGCGCACCACCAUUUUCCAGCUCAUGAUCCGCACCCUGGACCCCCUGGCCGAAGAGAACAAAGCGGAAGCAGAAUUAGCAACCACUGUUCAAGAAACGCCUGCCAGCGACUCCAACCUCAGUGUGGUGGAGGAUGAACACAAUGUGGACACACCACCUGGCGGGCAGCUCUCUCCGGAUAUAGAAGGCAGCAGCUCUGAGGAGGAGGAAGAUUGUGAUGAGGAGAGUGAGGAUGAAGAUGAGGAGGAAGAAAAUGACGAGCCGUUAUCCCUCGAAUGGCCAGAGACCCGGAGAAAACAAGCUCUUUACCUUUUCCUCCUGCCCGUUGUGUUCCCUCUCUGGCUCACAGUGCCCGACGUUAGGAACCCAAGGUCUAGAAACUUCUUUGCCAUCACAUUUCUAGGAGCCAUCAUCUGGAUUGCAGCAUUUUCCUACCUCAUGGUGUGGUGGGCACAUCAGGUUGGAGAAACAAUUGGGAUUUCGGAGGAAAUUAUGGGUUUAACAAUCCUGGCAGCAGGGACUUCAAUCCCUGACCUCAUCACAAGCGUUAUUGUUGCACGUAAAGGCCUGGGUGACAUGGCUGUCUCCAGCUCUGUGGGCAGCAACAUCUUUGACAUCACUGUUGGCUUGCCAGUUCCUUGGUUCCUUUAUUCCAUCUUCAAUGGACUCGGCUCAGUUGCUGUCAGUAGUAAUGGUUUGUUUUGUGCAAUUGUUCUGCUUUUUCUCAUGCUCUUGUUUGUGAUCAUCUCAAUUGCUCUAUCUAAAUGGAAAAUGAACAAACUAUUGGGGCUCACCAUGUUUGCUCUUUACUUUGUAUUUUUGAUUAUCAGUGUGAUGCUAGAAGAUAGAAUCAUAUCCUGCCCAAUAUCGGUAUGA